AUGGAAGUAGAAGAUCAGUCAGAAGAUGAUAGCGAUGAUACGCAUGGAUCCGACGCACAAAUGAAAGAUGAUGAUAGCAACGACAGCCCAAAAAACAAAAGUUUUCAAUCAGGUGGUAAUAAUUCUGAUUCAGAAAUUUUUCGCAAAACGCCAGAAAAAUCCUACCUUCAAGAAAUAAAACGUCGAAGAAGUUUGCAUGGAGAUUCUCAUGAAAAACCUUUUCAGCAAUUUGUUGCUGUUGGUUCAAGUCCAACUCAUCAUACAACAGAAGAAAAACUUUUUGACGAAUGUUCUGCUCCCAAUAAAAUGUCACAUAAAUCAGUGUCAACGAGUCGUUUAUUAGCUUUUUGUACUUUUUUACUAUUUGUAUUAUUUUGCUGGCUCUGUUUUUGUGAUAACGGCGGAGAACAAAAAUGCCACAAUAAUCAAUUAGAUGAAUUCAAAUCUGACUUUGUUUCGUUAAAACGUGAUUUUGCCAAUCAAAGCAAAAGGUUUUGGAAAAUUUUAGAAUCAGCAACAAAAUCAAUCAUUUACAAAGAUAGUCCAUCUGAUCCGGCUGUCAUACUACUGGUUGCAUCAGAUAAAAAUCUAGAAAAAACCGUUAAUUGCUUCAUUGAUAAUUACGUUAACUUAGUAAUUAAAUUUUUUAAUCAAAGCAGAAACGACGUCGUAAGGUUUGAUUUUAUCUAUUCAACUGAUGAUCCUCCUGCUCUGAAAAUGGAUAUAGAUAAAAAGUUGAAGCAUUCAUUUUCAUCUGGAAGUCAUGUAGCAGUUUUUGAACAUUUGGAGUGGUUGGCUGGUGAGGCGGCGAUGAUGUUUCAUGGCUACUGCGACAAUGACAAUGCUCCCUUCAAACGCGUCAUUAUGCUGAUGACAAUUUAUUUACAAGACAUAAAAAGCAGAAACGAUAAAAACACGAAGGUAGAACUGGAUGUGGAUCGCAUCAACCAGGAGAAAGAUGACUAUGUUGAACAACUGAUGCAAGUUUUGUGGGCGGAUGAAAUUGGAGAAGAAACCAUCGCCUCACUUAUGAGCAGGAUUGGCAACUACAAAAUCUUUCUCAAGAAAGAACAGGAUGUAAAGUUGAGCGCGUUAAAAUGUUAA